UUGGAUUUAACAGCUCUCUUCUCAUUAACGUUAAGUAGAGAGAGAGCAGCUGCUCCAGGGUAGCAAGGUCCUGGCAGCCCUACCUCCUCUGGGACCUCAGCUAGAGAAGGGGACAGAGCUGGCACUCUCUUCCAGGGACUGUUGCUCUUGCUGUACUCCUGAGAUCCAUUUCAUAUAUGGUUGCACCAUGAGGCUUGCCACAAUCCUUGUCUUUUGCUCUUUAUUCAUGGGAGUCAGUGGUGAUGGCUGGUAUUCAUUCUUCAAGGAAGCCAUACAAGGGACUUGGGACUUGUGGAGAGCCUAUCGGGACAAUCUAGAAGCCAAUUACCAAGAUUCAGACAGAUACUUCCAUGCUCGGGGCAACUUUGAGGCCCAACAAAGAGGAGCUGGGGGCGUCUGGGCUGCUAAAAUAAUCAGCACCAGCAGGAAAUACUUUCAGGGUCUCCUAAACCGGUAUUAUUUUGGGAUGAAGGACCAUGGAUCGGAAAGCCUGGAAUCUACCCGGAAAGCUGAGGAAUGGGGUCGAAGUGGCAAAAACCCUAAUUACUUCAGACCCCAGGGCCUGCCUGAGAAGUUCUGAGCCUGCUACACAGGCCGCACUGAGGAGACUAGGCUGUGAGCCGCAUCCCUCUCCCCUUGACAGGAUGUCACUGGUGUCCACAGGAAUCACAGAGAAGCUAGAGAUGCCCAACAAAUACUCUGUGGAUGGAAUUUGUUGAUGGAAAUGGGGAACUGUCAGAAAUACGUUCUGGGAAGAAUUGCUUUGUAUCACAUAGAAGAUAAGUAGAGGAGGAGCUGUGACCACCAGGCAGUCACCUGAAACCAUGCAGGUCCCUCACACAACCCCACCAAAUCUGCUCUAGCUUUUGGCUACACCAGCUUUCCUAACAAGCAGGCCUGAGGUAUCAGAGUGUUGCUAGCCAUGUCAGCCGCCUCCACAAGUGAAAUUUGCUCUGAGAUGUGCCCUGGUCAGCUAUCCAUCAAUUCUUCCUUGAUAUAGACCAGAUGUGUUUCCCUAUCCCUAACAUCUUCUAGUCAUACCAGGGCCCUCUCUGUUUAUGUUUUUGUUGUUCCCAGGCUUUGCUGUGUAGUGAUGCCACGCUGCCUUAUCAGUUAUGGGCUAUGGUCUGAUUUCAGUCCUUGUCCCCUGUGACCUCUUCAUAUAGAGAAGUACACCACCUUGACAAAGCUUCAUCCUAACCUUUGAAAUCCUAACCUAGACACUGCACUGGGGACCAGGGAUAUAGCUCAGUUGACAGAAAGUUUGCUUAGCAUGCAGGAAUCCAUAGGAGAAUCCCCAGAACUAUGUAAACCUGGUGAUGGUACCUACUUACAAUUCCAGCACUGGGGACAUAGGGGCCCACAGACCAGAUAUUCAAGGCCAGCCCUGCCUAUAUAACGAGUUCAAGGCCAUCCUGGGAUAGGUGAGAUCCUGUGUUGUAAUCAAAUACACACACACACACACACACACACACACACACACACACACACACACCAGUGCCUACCUCAGCACAUGUUCUAACUAGUGUUGGUCCGUUUUAUCUAAAAGAAAAUGCCUAUAAUGUCACUAUUCCUUAAUUUUAUUCUCAUUGUCUUUUGAUCUAAGCAAAAUUUUACUUACCGUUCUGGAAGGGAAGUGAGGCACAGCAGAACUGGGCAGGAAUGAAUGUAUUAAUUUACUCACAAUGCAAAGGCAUGCUGCCCAUGAACGUCAGUAUAGUUUGUUGGAACAAAAAGGCACGGAUGGAGAGGGUGAUACUGGUCCUAACUGAAUAGCUCUAUGCCAAAGCCAGGCCCCUAGGUGGAAGCCUAACUCCAACGGAGUAGAAACAUCAGUUGCUCAAGAAAAGAGAAGGGAAGAGGACAGAUGGAGCCUCUGGGAUAGAGGACUAGGGACCUGGGGGGUCAGUUGUGCCUGCUUUUAUUACAGAUUGCUACCUUUACGAUUCAGCACACUUCACUAUAUUGGCCUAUGUGUCUAUGUGCCUACAGAGAAAAUAUAAAAAAACAGAGGACAAAACUGUCUGUAUUGCUGUAUGCCAUCUUUGCACCCACAGUACCUGUUUUAACUCCUGCCACGAGUAGAUGCUCUACAAACAUGAGCUGAAAGAAGACAAUGAAACAGUGUGUAUUCCCCAGAAGUCAACACAUUUGGAGGAGCAUCUAGAAGCUGUACAAUGUAUGAAUGUUUCAUUUAAGUUUUAUUUGCAGAACAUGGUGAUGAGUCACCUUGAGAUGAAUCUGGAAUUCUAUACCAAAAUCAAUGCUCAAAUUCUAGCCAGAUGAGAAAGUCUUACUGUGGCAUAGAACAGGUUGGAUUUUCUCAGCAAUGCUUUGCAGCUGUCACAGAAAUGAAAAUUAUGAAGUAUAAGUAAACUAUGAAAAGCCUCAGAAGAACUUAAUAAAUAUUUUGAUACUAAGUGUGGUGACAUAUUCUUAAAUUGAAGCACAUAGGAAGUAGAGACAGGAGGAUGGCUGCAAGUUUGAGGCCAGCCAGGGCAGCAUAUCUAUAUAGCAGAUCUUGUCUCUGUCACUCUGUCUCUCUUUCUCUGUCUCUGUGUCUCUUUUACUCUCUCUCUCUCUCUCUCUCUCUCUCUCUCUCUCUCUCUCUCACACACACACACACACACACACAAAUACUGUUUUUUUCACAGAGAGCAUUAGCAGAAAACAUACCAUGUAGUAGUGGCAUACUGUAUUUCUUUAAAGGACAAAACACCAUAUCUUGAAAGAUGUACACUUAUGUACACACUGCCAAGAUAAACAUGGUUCCAAUUAAACUGAGAUGAUGGUCUCUUAUCAUUCAGAUUCUUAUACUCAAUGAAAAUGUUGUAGUCUUAUUAAUAUGGUUUUUGUCUUGUUUUUGAGUAUGUUCAAAAAGAAAAGAAAUAAUUUAUUCCUAUAGGUUUGACUAGUUUCAUCAAUGCUGUCUUGUUAUUAGUAAACUUAAGGCAUAUCCUAAUUUAGGAAAUUCAUAAUCAGUACAUGUAUGUUUGAGAUUUGACAAAGCAUGAAAUGAAGCUUGCUCUUCAUAAUAGCUACCGAGAAGAAACAAUAAACUUUCAAUUAUGGUGAUGCUUAA